AUGUGUCCAUCACUACUACUGCAAGUCAAUGCGAAAACUGAAGAGGAAGAGAUAGAUUUAGAGAGUGGGCUAAAAUCUGAGUGGGAGACGCUGCAGAUGACCAAUUAUGAGAAUAACACUGCAUUACAUGAGGCUGUGCGACAUAAACGCUUCCAUGUGGUAAAAAUAUUAACAGAGAAAGGAGACCCUGAUUUUCAUUAUUCGGCUCAUAAUUUGGGGGAAACUCCACUCUAUCUUGCUGCCGCCAGAGGAUAUAAGGAUGACAGUAUGGUGAUACAAAUAUUAGAAAGAUGCACGUCAGCAGCCCAUGAAGGACCCAAUGGAAAGACGGCUCUGCAUGCGGCAGCCAUCGCCUGUAGUUCAAGUACAGUAGAAAAGAUAUUAGAGAAAAAGAAGAGCUUGAUAAAAGUCACCGAUCAACAUGGAUGGACUCCACUUCAUUAUGCUGCAUAUUAUGGUAACGAUGUGGUAGAGUUGUUAUUAAAAGGUGAUAGAUCUACUGCCUACAUUGGUGACAAAGAUCGGAGGAUGACACCACUUCAUAUGGCAGCUGGCCGAGGGAAUCUAAAAGCAAUGAAAACAAUUAUUUCCAAUUGUCCAGAAUGUUACGAAUUGGAGGAUAAUAGAGGUUGGAAUGUUCUUCACUUUGCCAUGCUGGGUUUAGAUGAAGAGGAUUUGAAACAUCUUCUGAGAGAGAGUUCAUUAAUAAGGAGUCUUANAAAUGCAGUAGAACAGAUGUUAGAGAAAAAGAAGAGCUUGACAAAAGUCACUGAUCAACAUGGAUGGACUCCACUUCAUUAUGCUGCAUAUUAUCGUCGCCGAUGGGAAAGCUCUCAUGUGGUAGAAUUGUUAUUAAAAUGUGAUAGAUCUACUGCCUACAUUGGUGACAAAGAUCGGAGGAUGACACCACUUCAUAUGGCAGCUAGCCAAGGGCAUGAAGAAGCAAUUAAUAGUAUUAUUUUCAAUUGUCCAGAUUGUUACGAAUUGGAGGAUGAUAGAGGUUGGAAUGUUCUUCACUUUGCCAUGCUUAGUUUAAAUAAAAAGGAUUUGAAACAUCUUCUGAGAGAGUGUUCAUUAAUAAGGAGUCUUAUAAAUAAGAAAGAUGCAAAAGGUAACACUCCGUGUCAUAUCGGGGUAGUUGCCCGUCGAUAUUUCGUGUGUGGAUGGGGCGACCGGAAGGCUGUCAACAACGAAAAUGUCAGUGUGCUAUACAUAUUAAUGUACGGCUACUCUGAGCUAAAGAAAGAAAUUCAAGAAUUGUCCAAAGAUGUUGGUAAAGGAAAUCAAUAUCCGAAUGGUGUAAUCCACAUUAGAAAAGGAACAAAAAUUGAGGAUUUAUCUGCAGAAGACGACAAGGAAACAAAAGCAUCACAUUUGGUAGUGGCUACACUCAUAGCAACUGUAACCUUUGCUGCGGCUUUCACCUUUCCUGGUGGUUAUAAUAGUGAUAAUGGACUAAACCAAGGCACCGCAAUUUUAGGUAGAAAUUCAGCUUUUCAAGCGUUUAUAAUAACGGAUACAAUUGCCAUGACCCUCUCCCUCUCUGCUGUUUUUAUCCAUCUUUUUUUGUCCUUUAAAGGUAUCCAUAAGUCGGAGGACCUGUUCCGUAGAUUGUUGGGUAUUGCCUUGAUUCUCACCAUUUUUGCCAUGGGAGCAAUGGUAAUUGCAUUUAUUACAGGCACAUAUGCAGUGUUAGCACCUUCUUUAGGGCUGGCCAUUACCACUUGUUUCAUUGGCUUGAUCUUCUUCCUUCUAGUGUUUUUCGUACUAAGAUCAAUCUUUAGAAAGUACAAAUGA